GCGACAGUUGCAUGCAUGCAUCGUAAGGGAAAACUAGGCCGAAAGAGGAAGGCAGUUUAAAUAAGGUAGUCUAGCAAAGGGAAGAGAAGAGAUAGUACACGUUUGAUUUAUCUCCAUUAAUUAUAUAUUAAUCUGAAGAAUAAUUGAUGUUGAGUGUUUAAAAAAAGAGAAAUAAAGACAACAUUUAAAAAGGAGAAAAUCAGUAGAAGAAUAGGAUGAGACGGGUCGAUCUCACAUCAUUACGAAAAUCCUGUAAUCGUGAACUUGGUGCUUCGUAUUUCUGGUGAUUCUCAAAUCACGAGCACGUGCGUGUAUACGAGACGUACCGGAAAAUUAGUAAAAAUAUGUUUUGACAACGCGAGAAGAUAUCAUGCGGCCACUGGAUCAAGUGAGAGGGCAAUGGAGAACCCUGCGAUUCUCGUGGACGUGGUUCAUGCUACUCGCACGUUCGCUAUUUUUAUUAAUGUUUAUCAUAUUUGGUUUGCAGCAAAAUGUGGUGGAUGCUGCACUGCGAGAUGCAGCGAAGAACGUGACAGAUAUAAUUGAAGCUACGGGGAUGCAAGAGCAACUUUUCGGAGUCAGAAGAACGGAAAGUCGUUGCAGAGAUGACACAGUCGCGUACGAUAUUAUGGAAGCUGCAAUCCUAAUGACUCCUACCAGUGCACUAUUUCCAGUUGGCAUAUCACAAGAUUUCUCUAUCUUAGUUGUUGCAAAACCGAAAGCAAAUGAGUCAAUAUCCAAAGAUUACUCCACAUCGGUACUCUUUACUAUUUACGGCGAGAAUGGCGAAGAACAGUUGAUUCUUUCGUUGGGACGCGACAUUACACUCUUUUAUAGCACAAACCCAGACGACAGAAAUGAACCGAUUUCCUUUGGCGUUGAUGUUUCCGACGGACAAUGGCAUCGAUUGGGAGUUAGUAUUAAGGGCGACGCCGUUACAAUUAUUCUCGAUUGCAACAGACACAUCACGAAAAAGCUGCGGAGAAACCCUGAAAAAAUGAUCGCUGGCAUCCUCAUGAUUGGACAGCAACUUAAGGGCGAUUUAUAUCUAGGAAGUCUCGAGAUGCUGAAAAUUGCUUUAAAUCCAGACGCUGCUUUUGAAAUCUGUACAACAUUUGCACCAGAUUGUGAAUAUCAUUUAAGAUAUGGACUGAAUUAUAAUUCAUCUUUCAACAAAGAUGAUUACGAUAGAGAGAACAAGAAAGAUUUGAAUGAAGUUACAUUUUCUGAAGUAGAAACGACGACGAUUGCGAAUAUGUAUGAUGCGGAAUCAAAUUAUCAGCAGAAUUACGGGGAAUCUACAAAUGAUUCUUAUGAAGAAGAAUAUGUACAGCGUUAUAAUACUCGAGGUCCACUUGGGCCCCGUGGAUUUCCUGGGUCGCCGGGAUUACCCGGUUCUCCUGGCAAGAAAGGUGAACCUGGUCGAGAUGGAUUGUCCGGAUUGCCAGGUAUAUCCGGUCCACCAGGUAACAUCUUCGUAAUACCCUCGUGGAAUCAACAGGGUAACGAGAAGGGACCAGACUCUCAGGCGGAAAUGUUGCGGCAGAUGAUAUCACAACACAUGCUUUCUAUGAGAGGCGUAGAAGGCCCGAUGGGCUUUACGGGCGUCCCUGGUCAAGAUGGACCACCUGGGCCUCAGGGACAUAAAGGAGAACCCGGUGAAAUCGGUGAACCUGGACUUAGAGGAGACCGAGGAAUUCCCGGAAAUUCUGGUAGAGAAGGUAGGAGAGGUCGUCCCGGUAGAGACGGCGAACGCGGUCUCAGUGGACUACCUGGAAUGAAAGGCGAGCAAGGUCCGAUAGGAUUGCCAGGUUUCCCGGGUGAUAAAGGCGAACGGGGAUCUCCAGGAAUACCUGGUGAACCAGGUUUGCCAGGUCAUGAAGGCAUACAGGGUGAGGACGGUCCUCCGGGUUUACCAGGUCUACCUGGUGAAUUGGGUCCAAGGGGAUUUAUUGGACCAAGAGGAUUCCCUGGAUUAUCAGGUAAUCCCGGUAUUCCUGGAAAUGAAGGGCCACCCGGAGUUAAAGGCAAUGCUGGUCCACUCGGUCCACCUGGUGCACAGGGUCAACCAGGAAUUGCAGGUUCAAUAGGACCGCCUGGACCUCAGGGUUUACCAGGGCCGAUCGGUUUAGUCGUAAGUUUAGUUGUAAAUAUGAUCAAUAAAAAACAAUAACAGAGCUGACGAGCUAAGCUAGGUGUAUGUGCUAAUAAUGUGUAUUGAUUGAGGUGAUAAACAAUCUUUUAUAACAAUGUUAUAUAAAUAAUUAACAUACAAAAUGUACCAAACGUUUUGACCCUUUUAUAUAGCGGCCAUCCUCAGUGAAAAAAGUAACAAAUUUAAAACAAAACUUACAUUAUAUGUCACGCAUUCGCUCGCAAUAAUUUACAUUAGUCUGAUGCUUUAACAAAAAUUAUUGCCCUUGUCAUCCAGAUCUUUUGGAAAGUCAUCCUUAGUUCAUCCGUAUUGGUAUUUAAGAUUUAAGAUUUUAGUUGUAUCUACAUAUUAUUGAUUUAUUUAUUUUCAUCCUUAUUGUUGUGUAGCGUGUUCUUUCUUCUUAGUUUGUAAGUCUUCUGGAUAU